CCGGUUGCUAGGUGUGAAUGAACUGAUGCUGCCUCUCAAUUAAUCGUACCUCAGUCUUCAAGUUCAUCACAACAAAGCUGCAAGCCGACUUGAUUUACACUAUCCCGGAUAAUCCGAGGAAGACAUGGCUUUCUAAAUUGUUUAGAACUCUGAUCCGAGACAACUCCGUGCUUUGCUCUUGCAACGCACCCCGAACUCACAACAUUUUCAGCAAGAAUGGAGGUUCAUUAUGCUCACCCAGACCUGCACACUGUGGCUCAACUCUCAAACCCUACCGCCUCAAAGCAUACCCUUGGACUUGGACUGAAUCAAAAGACCAAUAUACAACAUGAUGGCAACAACAGCUCCUAUUUGGAAGACUCUUCGCAUCUGCCCGGCAGACCCCCUCACUCUCUCUCACCCACAGGCUAACCACAGCCAAUCACAGGGGUGCAGGGGGGAGGUGCCAGAGGAGAGUCAGCACUUAAUUGGUGAUGGUCUUUCUGACUGGAUGACGGAAGAAGUGGAUUUCUCUUCUUACCUCCCACACCCUCAUUCCUCUCCCUCCCCCAAUUCCUCCCUCCCCCCAUCUCCCCUUCAGAAUGAUAUUCAGGUGCCCUCUGACUUGGAGGUCAUGACCUCUCUGCUGCAAGAGGAACUUGCUCAACUGGAGGACUACUUCCUGUCCGAACCACUGCCAGAGAAAGGAGUCAAGUUGGGGAAAUGCGACAAGGGUCCACAACCAGUGGGUCCCCAGUCAUACUACCAACUGCCCUAUCCGUCAUACCCUACUUCCAACCAAUCGGAAUCCAGCCCUCUCCUUGUUACCCUGGCAACAGGGGAACUAGACCUGCUGAGCCUUUGUGGUGGGCCCAUCGGUCGAUCCAAAAAUCCUAGACAUGUCCCUUACAGUUGCAGUCGCCCCAAUGGGUGUAGCCGUAAAAGAGUUAAUGAUGGGGCGAGGUUAGGUGAGGUCUUUGAAAAUAAUUUGUGGAGUUCCAAAGGAAAUAACUCAGGUAACUCAUCAAUGACUCUUCACGGUUACAGUGGUGUAGAAGACGAACGAGUGGUAGGGAAGGGCUACUGUCUGGGCAGUGCAGUCGAAAUUAGAAGAUGCGCCAUUCUUCCAAAGGGGGAAAAACCUUGUCGUUUCACAGAGGAGAUUAUAGGGGGAGGCAAAGUGGUUGGCGGUGGGUAUGGCUUUGGUGGGCCUCUAGAUGUUCCCAACAAGAAAGAUGACCUGUUGAUGUAUGGUAUGCGGGAGGUCGAUGAUAUAGGUCCUAGUAGCAGUGAGAUAGAUGUGUUGAGUCAUGUCAAAACUGGUGGCGAGAUAGGAAAAGCCACCAUUCCAUGGAAGACAGAAGGCAGUGAGGGUUAUCUUCAGACAACGCAACCAGUGGCCUAUCACAGCUUCCAUGGCGCCGUCAAUGAGCAAGUUAAAGCAGAGAGUUUACAGCUGGGGCGCCAACAUGACUUCCACUGUGGUUUCCUUGAGGAUCAGGGUUCAAGUUGUCUUUCAGUUGAUAGGGAGAGUCUGGACUUGGGGUCCCUAAACCACAGGCAAUCGCGGGGUUCAAAGGAAGACUCCUGUUCGGUAAAAUCAGAACUUGAAGCCAAUCCAACAGAGUUCCCCCACGGAGAGCGCAAACAGAAGAAAAGAGACCAGAACAAAACCGCCGCUCACAGGUAUCGCCAGCGGAAAAGGGCGGAGUUAGACAUACUGGAAGAACAGCUACAUGGUCUUGAGGGGCGGAACCGGGAGCUUCGGGACAAGGCAGAAUCAGUAGAACGAGAAAUACAGUACGUUAAAGACCUGCUAAUUGAAGUAUACAAGGCCCGUAGUCAGCGACUCAAGCAAGAUACCAAUGGGUAAUGCCAAGUGAUAAUUUUAUUUUAUAAAAAAAAAAAAAAUCUGAAUGUAUUUUAUUUUAUAUGAGAGAGGGGCAAAAAUUGUAUAAUUGCAUGUUUCAAUUAUGUUUUAUUUAUUUAUUUUAAUUUUAAAGUCAACCAACGAUAUUCUAUACUUACAACAUACCACAAUCUGCACUACUUAAAAUCUAACCAACUAAGUCUGCACUGUGAAGCUGUAAUGUUUUAAUUGACAAUCAAUUUUGAAUGGGUCUCUUGUUGAUUGAAUAUUCUAACUGGGAUGGGCUAGAUUUCCAUCAGAGAUCUGUUAUUUUUUAUAUUCCUGUAGACUAUUUUUAAGUCCACAACGGCCUUAUACCGGUCUAGAUGUCAGUAACUUAGCCUACUGUAUUUUCAUCAUGAUUAUUCAAACAACAGAUAUCUUCUUAGAAUAUUUGUAACAGCUUUAGGCUAUUAAUGUGUUCCAGAUAAGUAAUUUAAACUUAAGUAAUACGAGGUAAAAUUACCUUGAAGGAAGACUUGAUGUUUUAUAUUGAUAUCGGUUAACUACUGGCUUUGUUUCCUCAGUUGCAAAUUGCAAUAGAGUACAAUCAAAUUUGCAGCUCAGGUUAUGCAAUUCAUGUCCCUCAAACGUUAGUGAUUUUUGAAAGUAGACGGGACUUUAUACAUUCAGAUGUAUCUUUGUUUGCAUGGCUAAGACUUCAUUGCUACUUAGCUGACACACUGCUUCUACAUGACUGAUACUAUUGUACACAGUUUCCAUAGCCGCCUGACCUUAUAUGCUGUCUUUCAGAAAACUCACUUGUCUCUUUAAUGUAUAGUAAUUUCUCUUCUCUCAAACGGAAGGUAUCGUAAACUUGCUUCUGAGGCAAAAAUGUUCAGGGGAAGUGAUUUUAUAUAUCUGUAUUCUCUAAUUUGUAAGACUUUUUUAAUAGUAUGUUGAAGGAAAAAGGAAGUUAGCCUUUGCUUAUUUCUUUUAGUAAUGUUAUUUUUCACUUAAAUGUUUGUGAUACCUUUUCAUGUUCUUUCUGGAUUUUUCUUCUGAUGAUGAGGUUUGGACCAUUUUUAAUUCUCUUACUAUUGUAUAGAUACUAUUUUCAUUUUCUGUUGGUCAAGUGUUUGACAGACUGCAUUUAAAUUGUUUUGAAUAUAUAAGCUUAUUUUUAUUUGAUUUUUUAGAAUAGAUCUUAAUUCAAAACCCAGUAAGUGUGAAAUGUAUCAUGGAUAUACACUGAUGUUUGGUAAAAUGUAUAACAUUUGAAUGAGCAGACUGAAUGUUUUCUCAUAAUAAGCUCAGACAUCUUGGCGUUAUACAAUCAAUCAUAUUCAUGAAAAAGGCUAGCUUUUGAUGUAAUAUGUGAGAGACCUGUCAUUUUGUAAUAGAUUAUUAUAUCCAAAGCUUCGUGUAGAGAAAAUUGUUUUGACAACGCUCAGCGAAAAGGCCUAGCAUUCACUCGCAAUUAAUUUGACCGUCCUACGUAAUAUAUUUUCUCUUUGUCACAUGUCAUUCGUUUACUUUUACCAAAUAAAGAGAGUUGUGUGUGCAUAAACUACAGUUUUUUUUUGG